UUGGGUUUCAGUUGCCACCUAAUGCUAACCAUGGAAAUGUCUGCAUGUCUUCGUGUGAGCCAUUUCCCCAGGCCUCACCCUCAGCUGAUAAUGAAGCAAACCUCAGACCGAAUUCCAUCGUACACCAAGGCAUUUAUGAAACAUGUGUUCACCAAGGAGGCACAGAGCCCCUCAUCCAGCCUGCUCCGAUGCUGGAGGUGCCAGCCCCUGGACGCUCACCUGCGUGGCUCACUCUUACGUGUGUGACUCUUGACCUCAGAUCAGGUCUGGAUCUCAGGGUUGGAGUUUGAGCCCUGCUUUGGGAUCCAUGCUGGGUGUGGAGUCUACUUUCAAAAGGAAAGUUUCCUAUGUAGUUGUUAUUAAAGAGUGUCUAAAGGAAACUGAAAGCAAAACCGUCACCUUUGGUAUAAAAGUCCGUCCACACGCAGGAGAACAGCAGACUCCACCAUGGCUGAGUUUUGUGAAGAACCCAAACCUGGAGACCUGAUCCAGAUUUUCCGCAUUGGCUAUGAGCACUGGGCCAUCUAUGUGGGAGACGGUUAUGUGAUCCAUCUGACUUCUCCAAGUGAGAUCCCGUGGGUUCGCUCCAGCAUCACGUUCUCCGUUCUGAGCAGCAGAGCGGUAGUAAAACGGGAGCUCCUACGGGAUGUGGUGGGAGGCUGCUGCUAUAAGGUCAACAACCUCUUGGACAACAGGUAUAGACCACGACCUGUGAACCAGAUCAUUUACUCUGCGAAGCAGAUGGUUGGUCAGGAGAUGGAAUAUAGUCUUCUGCACAAGAACUGUGAGCACUUUGUCACCAACCUGAGAUAUGGCGAGCCCAAUAGCAGGCAGGUCCAGGACGCCGUUGUGACGGCUGGCAUCGCAGGAGCCGGCUUGGCAGCCAUGGGCCUCAUUGGAACCAUGUUCUUAAGAAACAAGCGGCAGAAGCAAUGAGUUGAAGGGCCUGUCCCAUCAGCAGUGACUUUAUCCAUUUAGGGGAUCUGGUUGCCCCAGAGGUUUUGAGGUUUGGUCUGUGGAUUUCACUCUGUUUUACAAUAAGGCUUAUUUUUACAGAAUAAAAUAAAGCCCAACAAGGGAGCACUUUACUGGAGGAGAUGAAGCAAGAA